AUGUAUCGAUUUGUUCUUGUGUUACUCUGUAUUGAAAUUCUUCAAUGUCAAAGUCAGCUAAAUAAACAAAAAAGUUUUACAUUGAUGCCAGUGGAACUUCGCGGUUUGUGGUGUAUAAGUGAACGGAAUCAGAACUAUUCUCGACAAAUUGGUCAAGCAUUUAUGUACAACAAUGAAACAUUCACGCUGAAUUUACUGGAUGAUAUCAAAGACACUUGGAUCAAUAGUCUUGUCGCAAUCAACAAGACAGAUAACCAAGGCACUUUUCAAGCGUUCACUGAUACUUCCAAAGGUCCUUCGAUUUUUGUCAACAAAAUAUCUUGUUUCUGGCGACGAACGAUUCCCAACGGUGAUAUUCUAUGGGGUCGACAAUCGAAUGGUACUUGUACGUCGGCGUUUGAACUGGACGACUCUCCGACGUCGGUACGUUAUACACGAAAUGAAAUGAAUUGUUUAUAUGUCGAUGAUGAAAAUCCCAAUGAAGUACUUUCGAAUAGUUCACUGGAACGCGAACUGCUUGCAUUUGAUCGUUCGUUAUCAGAUGCCAAACGACAAUCGAUUGUUUUCUAUGGAAGUUCGUCGAUUCGUUUUUGGUCAACGUUGACCGAUGAUUUUGCUCAUACGAAAACAAAUCUUAUCAAUCGAGGCUUCGGCGGGUCGACAUUAAAACAAUGCCUCCAACAAUUCAAACGAGUUAUUCUGCCUUUGGAACCACGCAUAUUGAUUGUCUAUGCUGGUGAAAAUGACAUUGCUAUCGGUGAGACGCCUGCAAAUAUCCAUGUGAUGUUCCGUCAAUUGAUUUCCGUAAUCCGUCGAUUUUAUCCAACAUUACCGGUAGCUUACAUUUCGGUGAAACCAAGUCCAAGUAAAUUGGAUAAAUUCUCACAAAUAAACCUAACAAAUCAUCUUAUCCGAGAAGAUAUUCGUAACAUGUACAAUGUUCAUUACAUCGAUGUCUUCAGUGAAAUGCUAACAGACGAUGGUAAACCUCGAAAGGAAUUAUUUCUGCAGGAUGAUUUACAUAUGAACGAACAAGGUUAUGCCAUAUGGACACGAGUAGUGGAUAAUUAUUUGACGACGAAUGGUUUGAUCUCCCAAGGUGUGAAUCAUACUAACAUCUUAUAUUUAGUAAUUGUCGUCGAGUUUCUGCUAGCAGCUUUCUUUUUUUGA